AUGGAGAGGCCCUACUCGAGCAGUGGUAUGGUGAAAGGAAAUAGUGGUUCUAACAGCUUCCAGUUUGAAGAAGAUCGUUCAUGCCGAACUUCUUGGCUUGCAAAACAGCACUACACAUGUAGAUUCUGCAAUAGGCAAUUCAGAUCUGCUCAGGCUCUUGGGGGUCAUAUGAAUGUUCAUAGGAGGGAUAGAGCUGCAAGGCUGAGAUUCUUACCUUCAUCUGUUUCUGAAUCCCAGAACCCUAAUCAUGUUUUUGCCUCAUCGCCUUCAUCUUCUUCAGCUAAGUUCCUACUGCACACAGAUCGUUGCUUGCCUUCUUUAUCACUCAUUACUUCAUCUUCACCGUCAUCGGCUUCAUUUAAUGAAGAGAAGAAACUCGUAAUAAGUUUACCUCGAGUCGAUCCCUUGAGUCCUCAAGGGAAGGAUAUUACAAAUAAGAGACGGAUCAGAAGUGUUCUAGGGUUUCAAGGAUUGAACGUUUUUACGCAGAAAGAUGAGCCUACGGUUUGCAGGAAGGAAGGCAUAGUUAGUUUGGACUUGGAGAUUGGCUUACUGAAAGACCAGAAGGAAGAUCUGGAUUUAGAGCUUCGACUUGGUUGA